AUGUCUUUAAAUGAAAAUAAAGAAAAUAAUUUUUUUCCAUCACAUAUUACUUUAGAACAGCUAGGUUUGGAUGAUUAUGAAAAUAAUGAAUUGGUACAAGAAGUUGUACAAGAUUUAUGGAAAUUUUUUCAAUCCAAAAACUAUAAAAAAGAGCUUGAUUUAGUUUUGAUGGGCCAGCUUAUGGCAUUUGAAUAUAAUCAAAUAAAUAAAAAUACUAAAGAAAAUACUAGACAAAAUUUUAAUUAUCAAUUUAAUAAUGAUAUUAAACUCUGUAAAAAUACAUAUCUUAAGUUAAUUAGAGUUGGAAAUGAUUAUCUUAUUCAUGUUAAAGAAAAUUUAGUAACUAAAGGAUUAGUUGAACGAUUCAAUGUUAAUGAGAUUCUUAAAAAAAUUUCUUUAAAACCUUUAUCAAAAGAGUAUCAAAAGUAUCUUUACUAUGAAAUAAGAAAAUAUGUAGAUAUAGAAUUUCAAGAAAUAACUUGUCCAAAGCCAUCAUAUCAUGGCUUAAUAAAUAAUUUCUCUUUUAUUAAAGUAAAAAUCUGA